AUGACGGACACACCCAUGGAGGACUCCCUCUUCCAGAUCAUCCGCUGCUUCCACCAGUACGCGGCUCGGGAGGGGGACGUGGAGACCCUGUCCCUGGACGAGCUGAAGGCCCUGCUCACGGACAAUGCGCCCCGCUUCAUGGAGGGCUUGGGCCGGAAGCAGCCAUGCUAUGUCACGGAGUUGUUCCGGGCCGCAGACAGGAACAAGGACAACCAGAUCUGCUUUGAUGAGUUCCUGUACAUCUUGGGCAAGCUGGCGAAGGACUACCACCUGCAGUACCACCGGCGGCUGUGUGCCCACCACUGCGCCCAGCACAGCCUCUACUAG